AUGGCCGCCGUUGGAGGAGGAGGAAACAUCAAGGUGGUGGUCAGGGUGAGACCGUUCAACGGGAGAGAGAAGGAUCGAAAUGCGCAAUGUAUUGUGCACAUGAAAGAUACCCAAACAGUCCUUACCCCUCCGUCAAACAUCGAUUCAAAGUCCAAGAACGCGAAGGCUGCUGUAGAAGGAAAGAAGACAUUUGCAUUUGACAAGAGUUAUUGGUCAUUUGACCGUAACGACAAGCAUUUUGCGGGCCAAGAUGACCUGUUCAAUGAUCUGGGAAAGCCACUGCUGGACAAUGCAUUUGGAGGGUACAACAAUUGUAUUUUUGCAUAUGGACAAACAGGCUCCGGAAAAUCAUACUCCAUGAUGGGUUAUGGGGAAGAGGCGGGUGUCAUUCCUAAGAUCUGUAGGAGUAUGUUUGAUCGAAUCACGGAAAUGGAACAGGACAAGACUUUGAGCAGCACUGUAGAAGUGUCUUACCUGGAAAUUUAUAACGAACGCGUCCGAGAUCUUCUAAAUCCAUCGAAUAAAGGCAAUCUCAAAGUCCGAGAGCACCCAUCGACUGGACCGUACGUGGAAGAUCUAGCAAAGCUUGUCGUGCGCUCGUUCCAGGAAAUCGAAAACUUGAUGGACGAAGGAAAUAAAGCUCGUACGGUCGCAGCAACAAACAUGAACGAAACCUCGAGUCGAUCCCACGCAGUGUUUACUCUCACUCUUACCCAAAAACGCCACGACGUUGAGACCAACAUGGAUUCUGAGAAAGUCGCCAAAAUUAGUCUUGUAGACUUGGCAGGUUCAGAGAGAGCUACUUCGACUGGAGCAACGGGUGCGCGUUUGAAAGAGGGAGCAGAAAUCAAUAGAUCCCUGUCGACCUUAGGACGUGUUAUAGCAGCCCUGGCAGAUUUGUCCACAGGGAAGAACAAGAAGGCAAACAUGGUACCAUAUCGAGACUCUGUGUUGACAUGGCUGUUAAAAGAUUCUUUGGGUGGAAACAGUAUGACGGCCAUGAUUGCUGCUAUCUCACCAGCCGACAUCAACUUCGACGAAACUCUAUCAACGCUCCGUUACGCUGAUUCCGCUAAACGUAUCAAGAACCAUGCUGUUGUGAACGAGGAUCCAAACGCUCGGAUGAUCCGUGAGCUCAAAGAGGAACUUGCGCAACUCCGCUCGAAGCUCACAGGGGGUGGGGGUGGAGCAGGGAUGUCCGAGGAACCACAAUAUGCGCCAGAUACACCCCUCGAAAAGCAGAUCGUAUCUAUAACGCAAGCUGAUGGUACAGUCAAGAAAGUUUCUAAGGCUGAGAUUGCAGAACAGUUAAAUCAAUCGGAGAAACUCUACAAGGAUCUUAACCAAACGUGGGAGGAGAAACUGCAGAAGACCGAAGAGAUUCACAAAGAGCGCGAACAAGCUCUUGAGGAUCUUGGUAUCACUAUCGAAAAGGGCUCGAUUGGGCUAUCAACGCCGAAGAAAAUGCCACAUCUAGUCAAUCUGAGCGAUGAUCCGCUGCUUGCGGAAUGCCUCAUCUACAACCUCAAACCCGGUACAACUACUGUUGGGAGCGAAUCGGCAAGUAAUGUUGAGAUACGACUCAACGGCUCCAAAAUUCUACAGGACCAUUGUUCCUUCGAAAAUGUCGACGGUGUAGUCACCGUUGUACCAAAAGACAAUGCUGCAGUCAUGGUUAAUGGCCAGCGCAUAGAAAAACCAAAGCGUCUCAGGAGUGGAUUUCGCAUUAUCCUUGGUGACUUCCACAUUUUCCGCUUCAACCAUCCACAGGAAGCCCGCGCUGAGCGCGCUGAACAGGGCAGUUUACUUCGACACUCCAUAACCGCCAGUCAGAUCGAUUCUCCCAGCCCUCGGCCACUACAUGAAAGGACAACCAGCACAGUCAGUCGACCUGACUCAGACAAUGACUCAGCUAGUCCGAGGCCAUCCUCUCCUACGCGAAAUGGACGCGACACUGAUUGGUCGUUUGCGCGAAGAGAGGCAGUGACAGCCAUACUUGGUGACCAGAAGAUGUCAAAUCUCACAGAUGAAGAGCUCGAUGUAUUGUUCGACGAUCUCCAAAGAGUAAGAGCUGUUCGCAAAGCGCGACCUGAGAGUCGCUUGUUUGGAAACGAUAUCGAGGACGACACAGACUCUGUCACAUCCUAUCCUAUUCGAGAGAAAUAUGCUUCCAACGGAACCCUUGACAACUUCUCUCUGGACACCGCACUGACAGUACCUUCUACUCCUCGCCUUGGCGAUGAGGACGAACGCCUCAAGAUCGUUCGAGAGGACAUGCAGCAACAACUUGACAAGCAGAAGGACGAUUAUAACACUAAGCUCCAAGAGGCAGAAGAUGGUCCCACUGAGAUAGCGGAGAUCAGGGCAGAAAAGAUCCAAAUGGAAGACAAUCUUCGUGAGCUCAAAGUACAAAUGCAGCAAGAACUUCAGGCACAGAAAGAAGCGUUUGAAGAGCAAAUCAAGACCCUUACGAACGGGAAAGAAGUGGAACUAUCAACAGGAACAGACCCUGCAACCGGGUCUGCAGAACCGACUGAAAAAGAGAUCCAUCUGGCCAAGAAAGUCCUCGACCGUUGGCGACAGCGAAGGUAUGUUGCGAUGGCUGGCAUCAUUAUGCAGAAGGCUUCCACCUUGAAGGAGGCUCAAAUCAUGAGCCAACAAAUGGACAAGAAUGUUGUAUUUCAGUUCUGUAUCAUCGACAAGGGCCACCAUAUUGCUUCUUCCUAUGACUUGGUCUUGAAUGGAGAACCCUACGAAGAUGAUGAGGAUUUGGAGUUUACACCAAAGCCAUGUGUAGGUGUCAGGGUCGUUGACUUCGCAAAGAAUGUCAUCUAUUUAUGGUCCCUACAGAAACUCGAUCGAAGAGUUCGGCUGAUGCGGCAAAUGCAUCAAUACUUGGACCGACCAGAAUAUCUGCAGCACUUCAAACUAGAAAACCCCUUCACAGAGUCUUGCCAGCCAGAAUUCUCUCGCAUUGGAGAGGCGGAUGUGCCACUUGUUGCAGUUUUCGAAUCACGCGUGCAAGACUGCACUCUGGACGUCAUUUCACCUUUUACGUCGAAUGUGAUUGGAAUCAUCAAGCUUUCACUUGAGCCUUCCUCUGCUGAAGCACCCUCAUCGACAUUGAAGUUCAAUGUUGUGAUGCAUGAACUUGUAGGGUUCCCGGAGCGUGAGGGCACAGAUAUACAUGCACAGCUCUUUGUGCCUGGAAUAUCUGAGGAGGGUGGCGGGACUACUACUCAAAUGAUCAGCGGAUUUGACGAGGAUCCAAUACGCUUUGAGAGUGUGCAUAGCAUGAGCCUUCCUCUAUCCAGUCCGCGCGAUUCAGCGCUUCGUAUCUCAAUCUUCGCCAAAGCUACCCCAAUGCAUCUUGACAUGUUGCUCAGCUGGGACGACAUGAGAGACUCGGCGCCACCAUCAAGACAGAAGAAACGGAGUGCACGCAUUGCUGAAUCGGAAUUCUAUUCGGAAGAAGUUCACGAUAUAUUCGCCCGAAUACAGAUACAUGAGAUCUCCGAGGAUGGUACUUAUCAGCCCACUGAGGUAGUCCAACAUAGCGCUGAAGAUGCCGGUGCAUAUCAGCUUCAUCAAGGUCUACAGCGUAGAGUCGUAGUCAACCUCGUCCACAGCUCUGGAGAGAUGCUGAAGUGGCAAGAUAUUACAUCCAUCCGCAUUGGUAAAGUACGUCUUCUUGAUCAUCAAGGAAAAUCUCCCUCAUUAGAUGAGCCACAAGAGGACAUCCCAAUCAAGCUUGUCUCUCCACCUACAGUAAAAGAAAAUGCUGAUGGUACAAACAAUGUAACCUUCGUUGGACAUUGGGAUUCCAGCAUGCACGGGUCUCUGUUAUUAGACAGAGUCACGUCUGAAAAAUAUCGUGUACAAGUCAGCCUUUCAUGGAGCGCCAUAUGCACCAAGCUCAGCCGGCCCAUGAUAUUCUCCCACGACAUAGGUCUGCAGAUGCGCUCCCGAACAUAUGUCAGGCCGUCGAAUUUCUUCCAACAAUUCAUGAAUCCUACCCGUAUAGUACAUUCCACAGUGGGCAUCUUCUCCGUCACGAUUCGACCAACAUCCGUUCAAAGCACCACGGACAUGUGGAGACUCAAUACCCAAUACGAAGUGAUCACCGGAGAGGAAUUACUUAACGGAUGGACUCCACGGGGAGUCAGUCUCGUUCGUGACUUCAUCGCUAUCCAGAAACGACGUCGCCGCAUCGCUGAGAUUGAAACGGCUCGGAGUGUUCUCAGUUCACGCUCGCUGACUAUUGAGACCAGCACGGACAAUUCCCGUGUGGGUAGUCCAUUUUCGAUAAGCACGGAAGAUGAAUUCAAUGGGGUUCAAAAACAACUACUUUCUAGAGUGCUUGGAUUAUGGCAAACUGUACCAGAUUCCGCUGAACAAAUUCUCCAACCAGCAAAUCUAGAACCUCCAGCUGAAGGUGCAGCGUUUGCCCCUCGUCCACGCACAUCAUCCACAUCGACUGCCAAGCCAAAGCUGCCUUCGCUCAUAGCAAGCGUGCGCAAUGUUCCUAAAAACCCGGCCUUACUGAAAGGUGGGUAUCUCUUGACUCCAGAUCCAAAUCACACACGCUGGGUGCGGCGCUUCGCUGAGCUCAGGAAGCCGUAUCUCCACAUAUACAGCGUUCCAGAAGGAGACGAGGUUCAUGCCAUAAACCUGUCUAAUGCACGUGUGGAUCACCAGCCUCAGGUUGCGCGUCUACUCAAUUUGGGCGGCAAAAGGAAUGGUGGACAUGGCGAUUCGCUUGGCAGUUCAGGCGGUGGUACAGUCUUUGCUAUCUGGGCGAGAGAAAAUGCCUGGAUUUUCAAGACGAGGACUGAGGCGGAGAAGAUCGAAUGGAUUUUGAGAAUCGACCAGAGCUACUUCACAAGUGGAACCAACACUCCAGACGGCUGA